AUGGUCGACGUCCACGGAUCGACGACCUUCUUCUGCUCCGGACCACCAACGCCACUGCUCUUCAUUCUUAGUCAACAGUUCUCAAUCUCGUCCCUUUUCUCCUCCACAACGGAGCUCCGCAAUCUCGUAGGUAUUCAAUUUGCUCUGCAUAGCAAGCAAUUGCGCAUCGUACCUACUGUAGGGUUUCAACGACAAAGACGCGCCCCGCUCCCCGCCGCCGUUAUUGGAGGAAUCAGAAUCAUAAUCAGGGGAAAAAGCAUUUUAGAGAUCUCUACCGUGGGAGAUGAUCUGGGCCAUGGAUUUCCACACGGUGGCACCGAUGUCGUCGAUCGCCUGGCCGACGGUCUCGACCUUCUUCAUGUUCUUGUUCGCUACGCUAAGGGGAAUGAGCUUGUGGGUGCCGCCUUCGAUUUGAGUGAUGGUGGAGGGGUUUUAGUGAGAAGUGAGACAUAA